AUGGCGUGGCGUCGAGACCGCGAGAGGCAGGAGCAGCCAGAUGCGCGGCGGGCUCGAUGCGCGACGGCGGCGGGCUACUGGUUACGCGACGGCGGCGGCGGGUGUCGUUCGGGCAGAGUUAGUGAUCUCCAAGGUAGACGACCUCAUGAACUGGGCGCGGAGGGGGUCGAUCUGGCCUACUGCGCCGUCGAGAUGAUGCACGCCGGCGCGUCCUGCUAUGACUUCGACCGCUUUCGCGUCAUCUUCCGCCCAUCCCCGCGACAGUCCGACUGCAUGAUCAUCGUCGGGACGCUCACCAACAAGAUGGGGCCCGCGCUCGGCAAGUCAGUACCAUCUUCCUCCCCUCGGCUGCUCAGAUUUGGCGUUCCUGUGCUCCGAGCUGGGAAUUUGGUGUUCCCCUGCUUUUAG